GGGAGGGGGCUUGGGAGCAUCCAGGAAGGAGACCGACGCAGGACAUACAGACCACGCCAAAGUGCGGUGUGGGCGCCCGCGGAGAAGGGCGAGUGGAGAAGAGACGCCUGGGGCGGGGUGGAGGGGGAGGCUGUCCCUGCGGCGACGUGCGCUCGGAGGAGGGAGGCGGGGAGGGUCGAGCGGGCGCGCGGCGUGCGACCGCCGAGGCUGCGGCGGCUGGAACAGGUUGCUCCACCCCGCCCAGGAUCAGGCCAGGGGGAACCGGCCGGGCCGCGGUUGCCAACUCGCGCAGGGCGCUCUGGCGAAGUCCCGGAGCGGAGUCUCGCGUCCCGCCUCCUCCCUGCGGGGCGCGCCCUCCUCGCUCCCCCCGCAACCCUUCCCCACUUUUCCCCCCUUUUGCAAUCACAUGGCACUUUAAGAAUGCCGGAAAGAUGGCGGUAGCGGCGGCGGCGGCGGCGGCGGCCGGGCCGGCCGGCGGGGGAGGCGGCCGAGCGCAGCGGAGCGGGCUGCUGGAAGUUUUGGUGCGGGCUCGCUGGCACAAAGUUCUGGUGAACUUGAGCGAGGACGCCCUGGUUCUGAGCUGCGAGGAGGGCGCUGCGGCGUACAACGGCAUGGGGACCGCCGCCAAUGGCUCGUUCUGCAGGGGCGCCGGCGCGGGGCACCCGGGCGCGGGCGGAGCGCAGCCCCCGGACUCGCCCGCCGGGGUCCGCACCGCCUUCACCGACCUGCCCGAGCAGGUGCCCGAGUCCAUCGCGAACCAGAAGCGCGGCGUGAAGGUGCUGAAGCAGGAGCUGGGCGGGCUGGGCAUCAGCAUCAAGGGGGGCAAGGAGAACAAGAUGCCCAUCCUCAUCAGCAAGAUCUUCAAGGGGCUGGCGGCGGACCAAACUCAAGCCCUGUACGUAGGGGACGCCAUCCUGUCCGUAAACGGGGCCGACCUGCGGGACGCCACCCACGACGAGGCGGUGCAGGCGCUGAAGCGCGCUGGCAAGGAAGUGCUGCUGGAAGUGAAGUAUAUGCGGGAAGCCACACCCUACGUGAAGAAAGGCUCCCCAGUAUCUGAGAUCGGGUGGGAAACGCCUCCGCCAGAAUCCCCUCGGUUAGGGGGCGGCUCCUCAGAUACUCUGUCAUCGCAGUCCUUCUCCUUCCAUAGAGACCGGAAAAGCAUCCCUCUCAAGAUGUGCUUUGUCACUCGGAGCAUGGCCUUGGCUGACCCUGAGAACAGGCAACUUGAAAUCCACUCUCCAGAUGCUAAGCAUACGGUGCUCCUGAGGAGCAAGGACCCAGCCACUGCCCAGGCCUGGUUCAGUGCCAUCCAUUCCAACGUCAGUGACCUGCUCACCCGAGUGAUCACCGAGGUCCGAGAGCAGCUGGGGAAGACGGGCAUUGCUGGGGGCCGGGAGAUCAGGCAUCUUGGCUGGCUUGCAGAAAAGGUGCCCGGGGACAGCGAGAAACAGUGGAAGCCAGCCCUGGUUGUGCUGACUGAGAAGGACCUUCUAAUUUAUGACAACAUGCCACGGAGGAAGGAAGCCUGGUUCAGCCCAGUUCACACGUACCCUCUUCUUGCCACCAGGCUGGUCCAUUCAGGUCCAGGGAAAGGAUCACCCCAGGCUGGUGUAGAUCUGUCCUUUGCAACACGAACUGGUACCAGGCAGGGUAUUGAAACGCAUCUCUUCAGGGCUGAGAUCAGCAGGGACCUCUCACAUUGGACAAGGAGCAUAGUACAGGGUUGCCAUAACUCAGCUGAACUCACUAUUGAAGUAACCACAGCUUGCACCUAUAAAAACCAGGAGUGCCGGUUGACCGUACAUUAUGAGAAUGGAUUUUCUAUUACCACUGAACCACAGGAGGGUGUCUUUCCCAAGACAAUCAUACAGGCUCCUUAUGAAAAGCUGAAAAUGUCUUCAGAUGAUGGAAUCAGGAUGCUGUAUUUAGAUUUUGGAGGCAAAGAUGGAGAGCUUCAACUGGACCUUCAUUCCUGCCCCAAGCCGAUUGUUUUCAUCAUUCAUUCCUUCCUGUCAGCUAAGAUUACAAGGCUGGGGUUGGUGGCCUGAACAGAGGAGCGAAUUGCGUUUGAGAAAGGGAGGGCUGCAAUGCCACUGAAAAGUGUCAUAUCAGACACCAUUUGCAGUGAUGCACCAGAUGUAGCAUGCCACUGUCAGCUUUAGAUCCCAAGAGUCCUGUGUAACAGUCCCAGACUCCUCUGUCAAUUUCAGCAACUAUAAAGGGUACCUUCAGAAAAAUUCCACAAGGACUAUCAGAAUAAAACUUUUUUUUUUAGAACAGUAAAAGGGUAAAGAGGUGAGGCUGAUUGGAAAUACACAGCAUAGCUUUUAAAUAAUGACAAUCAAGGACAUGAACAUUAGAACAGCAUGUGCAGAUCUUAAUCAUACCAGUUUCUAGGCAACUGGUUCACCCAGGUAAGCAAGGGCUAUAUAGAUGAGAAAUGGACAUUUUUCACCUCUCCCCUCCCCACCCCAGUAAUAAGGACCCCUUGUUUUAUUGUGCUUUAUUUCCUAUUUCUAAUUGAGUUGACUUUCGCUGGUAAGGAAAGAAAAGUACUUCAAAUGGAAACCCACCUUUUAUUUAAGUGUGAAACAGCUGUUACUUUUUCUUAAUGAAUUAUCUUUCAAUGAUGUAGAAUGAUUCUGAAGUGUUCUUAUUAGCAUAUGAUGAGUGGGAAUUAAAUAAAGCAUCAGAUACUGUUCCGAGCUGUAAGCUGGUGGAUUCUGAGCCAAAGUAGACUGCUUAAAUUGCAAAGCUUUGCUGAAGAGUGGUGUGCGUGAAAGAUGAUUAAUUCUGGGACUACACUCAUACCCAACGUCUGCUAUCUUAGAGCCAUGACUUAUAGCUUUAUUUAUAAAAGCAAAUUAUGGAUUUUUUUUUAAAGAUUGUCAGUGGAGAUAUAUAUAUAUAUAUAUAUAUAUAUAAAAUAAUUCAUGCGGGGUUAACUAAUUUUCCCCAUUUUGUGGUUUUCACUGGAAGUACUGAGCAAUUUAUUGGCCCUUGCUUCUGCCUGUGCUUGAUGCAUGCAUUUUCAAGCAAGUAAUAGAGCAGCCUUAUAUGAUUCUGGUUAAUGCUGGGUUUUACAUAGAGAGCCAAUGUCAUAAUCAAACCCAUCAACAGCUCUUUUGGAAUUCCAGGGAAAGAAUAUAAUUACCUGAUAUUUUUCUACAAGAAUAUUUUCAGACAUCGUAUAGCAUAUUACUGAUUUAACACUUCUGCUUUUAUCUUUCAAAACAAAUUCACUGAAAACACACCGUUAUUUGAUUUUAAAGUCACUUUCCUCAAAUCUUGAAAAUUAGCUCUAGAAUUUCUGUAUUUGUAACCGUUCUCUCCCCUAUAGUUUUACAUAGACAAAUGUUCCAGGUUAGGUUUGUGUGUUAUUUUUCAGAACCGUAUUUUAGCAAAUACCUGUGCAAAGAGCUUUAAAAAGUAAAACUGUUUUAAAAGAAUGUGAUUUUAUUCACUCAGAUACAUGUGUUUCUUGAGUUUUACUUUAGAUCAGCAUUUUAUUUUAGAUCGGUGUUUCCCCAAAGUAAUACAAGUAACAUGUAAUACAAGUUCCAAGGGGCAUUGAUUGACUGGUGUUUUGUCGGGGGGGAAUUAAAGGGGUUGGUCAUCAAAAAUGUUUCUUCAAUACUGAGUUUUAAAAUGUUAAACAGAUUUCAUGAUUGCAGGCCUCCUCAAAGACUAUUGCACGUUGCGAUUCUGCAAGGGGGGGCAUCCUGUGUGCCAUUCCUAACGCUUACCUACAGAACUCCUCUCUAAAGGAGCAUCUUGUGAAGCUAGUGUUAAAACACAUACACACAAAACAAAACAAAACAAAAAAACCAUUUUGGAAAACACAGCUUUAGGACACUGAUUUUGUUUUGUUUCCUAUUUUAAAAUGCUAAAGAGUGAAGUCCCAGCCUGAAUAUUGUAGGAAAGCUUUGAUGAGUUGUAAAUUGUAACAUUCUCUUUCAUUAUAUAUUUUCAAAAUCACUGGAAUGUUGUUAUACAAGAGAAUUAUACUUGUGUAUUGUAAAUAACAUAUUAAAAUACAUAUAUUAAUGCCAAUAGCUUAAUUCAACAAUGUGUAAUCUAAGGUGCUCAGUACUACAUGAAGUGUGAGUUAAUUACUCAUAAUUUAGUUGCAGAGAUCCUAUUAUAUAUUUAUAGACAAAAUGACCGUAAUUACAAAUAUUAUUUCUUCAUCACUUGAGUUUUGGACUGAUUAAUAUCUGGAUGCGGGUCAACAGAAACUACAUUCUCCGUGUUUAUAAAAGUUUAAUUUAAAUAUUUAUAUUUUAGAAAAAUAUAUUUGAAUAAAGUUAAUGCAUUUUCUGAAUUAAAAUGUGUUAUUAGCAAGAAAUAGAAAAUUUUACUAAGAAUUGUGUAUAUAAAUCAUUUUUCUUCCUCAAAGUUAAAUUGUUUCAUAUCAGAGUGGCUAUGAUGAAUCCAUUUAAAUAACUCGUUUUUUUUCUCAUUCUGAAUUCAACAGGUUAUAACUUUACACUGUAGAUUUGAUCUUGUUGAUGUGUGUUAUGAAUGUCGUGAAUAACACAAACUCAUACAUCUGGCUCGUGCGUGGGUACGGUUAGCAAAUCGACAGAGUGAUUUUGGCGGGUUUGUUUUUGUCCCGUUCCCUCUGUGCUCAAUCUGUUUCUUAUUUGAAUUGAUGAACUAUUAAACUCACAAUGUCUGUCCUUUUAGGGGCAAACGAACACCAAUGAAUGAUGUCUUCAUCUAUAUUUUGUGGGAAGCUGCCCAUUUGUUAGAUGUGAUUAGGUGAGCCCUUUGGCGUGGUGACCUAUUUUUCAACCAUCCCAUUGGAAUGUAAAGAAAGCCAACAGGAAGAUUGCUAUCAAUUUUUUUUUCUGACUUGAAUUAAGUAGGAGGAACAAAACUAUAAACCUAUUCAAAAAAACAGGCAGAGACAUUUCAUUAAUUCUAUCAAUUGAUGCAUUACAAUGCUGAAAAAUGCAUGUUUCUUUAUCCAAAUGCUUGUUGACCCUCCUUGGUUGAAGUCAGAAGGAGGUCUUCUUAAUGGGCAGAAGGGUUCUUCUGAAAUUAAUGAGCAGGGCCUUUCUGGCCCCUGUUACAAAUACUGGAUACUCUAUCUUGAGGGGAUUGGAGUAGACUGGGGUAAGGGAGUAAGUUUUUUUUGUUUGUUUUUUUGGUUUUUUUUUUUUUUUUUGCGGUACACGGGCCUCUCACUGCUGUGGCCUCUCCCGUUGUGGAGCACAGGCUCCGGAUGCACAGGCUCCGCGGCAGGUGGGAUCCUCCUGGACCGGGGCAUGAAACCGCGUCCCCCGCAUCGGCAGGCGGACUUUCAACCACUGCGCCACCAGGGAAGCCCAGGGAGUAAGUUUUGAAUGUACCAUGAGUUUAAAAAAAAAAAAUGUGCCUAUGUUUAUAGCACUAUGGAUAUCAUGUAAAAUUGAUAUAUGAAUUAAAUAAAUAUCCAUCUCUGAAUAUGGUGGGCUGGCUGGUGGUUUCCUGAUAGCCACAGAGGGAUAUGGGAGUGUAAAGACACAUCCUGUUAGUCUGUGCCUCCAAGACUGGCCUUGAAAGGUGCUAGUGGGUGGAGGUGGGGGGAUGAUGCCACUAGCAAUUUUUGUGUGUUUUUGUGUGUAUAGUUCCAGGAUGGGUCUUUACCUGGGGCUUAGGGCUUUCAACUCUCAUUUUAACUAAAUUUUCAUGGGAUUUUACCUGUACACCAAGCUCCAAAUACUCAAAUUCUCUGUAGAACUUGGUUCGUGUCUAAGUUACUUGUAAUAAAUGUAACAGGCUGGGGUUGAGAAGUCUUUUACUAUUUGAAAAUUUAGUAGUAUUGAGAUUUAGAACUGUAGAAUCUGUUCUGAAGAGACUUCAGAGGUCAUCAAGUGCGUUAUUGCUCAAAGUUUACCUAUAAUUUUAGCAAUACUACCUUAGUAUUGAUAUUUUAGGAUAUGGAAUUUGCUAGUAAUAUAGCAACAUGGUGUAUACAUAUAAAAAUGAAUGUACACCAAUUAUAAUUUUUGGAAAAAUCUGUACCACCACCACACACACUACAAUCCAAGUACUACGUUUUGAGAAACAUUGACCUUGAAGCAUAUGCCACUGAAUUCAGUACUUGUUCAUUCCACCUGAAAUUGAAAAUUUUCAGCUAUGGGGAGGGGGCUCCUUAUCUCCUGAGGCCGGCCAUCCCAUUGCCGGAUGGCUAGAGUUGUUAGAAAGUUCUUACACUCGUAGAGCCAAAACUUAACGUCUGUGUCAAUUUUAGUCAUCACCCUGUUCUACUCUAGAAAACACUAAAAGUCCAGUCUCUCUUCCAAGUGACUGUCCUGUAUAAAAGACAAAUCAAGGCUGGGGGCUCCUAGGUAAUAUAAAAUGAUCUGAAAAUGGCUUUAAAAAGGAUAUUUAAACUUCCUCAUUUUU